AUGGCGGCCAUGAUCGUACCACCACGGACACCGUCGCCCAAGGUGCGCAUACGUUCGCAGUCCUUUGACUCACCUUCCUAUCGCCAUACUGUUACGCCGAUUGAAGAGUCGCCCUUCUCAAAGUCCACUGGGGCUAUUACUACAGAGACGCUACUACGACAUGAUGUACUCGAAGCGGCCGAUGAGAUCGUACUCCAACCUGUCAAUAUACUUUUGCCGCUGCAUACGAAGAUGAGCGAUGAGUCGAUGCUAUCAGACGCAUCAAGCGCUUCGUCCUCUACUGCUAGUUCGCCUACUGGUUCCGAUGAAGACGUGGAUCUCGUAUCAGAAUCACCGUUGCCCUCUAUGCAGCGCCAACGACAGCGCCCGCAUCCUCUGACAUUCUGCCAGUCUGUCGGAGAAGACGAUGCACCAAUUGAACAACAGCCCUCUUCGCCCUUCAUGUAUCAAGAUACAAGCUUCGAAAUGUACUCACCCUGGCUGGUCCGAGUGGUACUUGAUCUAUAUGAUGUCCGCAGGUUGGACUGGAUGUCGAUUGCCGAGCCCAUCGAGCGCAAGUGGGGCGUGAAAACAAGCAGCGCUGAGGUACUAAGUAUCCUGAGCGACAACGGGCGGGUACUCAAUCGACGAUGGUGGGAUUAG